GCUUUGAGGGCGCACUACGGCGGCCGAGCAGAGAAGAAAUGUGGGCGCGGGCUGUGUGGCUGGGCCUUCGGGCCCGGGUGGGCGGGCGCCGGGGCUUCACCUCCGAGGCAGAUCCUCAGGGAAGUGGCCGCAUCACGGCCGAGGUGAUCGAGCACCUGGAGCGUCUAGCGCUUGUGGAUUUCGGCAACCAAGAGGCCGUGGCACGGCUGGAGAAAGCUAUCGCCUUUGCAGACCGGCUCCACGCCGUGGACACGGACGGGGUGGCGCCCAUGGAGUCAGUACUGGAGGACAGAUGUCUAUACUUGAGACCUGACAAUGUGGUAGAAGGCAACUGUGCGGAAGAAGUACUACAAAACUCCCAUCGAGUUGUGGAGGAGUAUUUUGUGGCCCCUCCAGGUAAUAUCCCUUUGCCAAAGCUGGAUGAACAAGAGCCCUUCUCACAUGGCUGAGUAGCUAUUCUGGGAAGGGGUACCCUCUGAACACGUGGAAACACAAUAGUACUUUGUUAUUAGGAACACCAAUGUUCCCACUUCCUUCAGAAGUCUGAAAAAAAUUGAUGGUUAAGUUUUGUUUUUUUGUUUCUUUUAGUAACUUAAUAAUUCUUCUGAAGACAGAAUUGGGAAAUACCUAGCUCAAACAAGGCAGUGAGGUUCUGAUGCUAAUGGAAAAGGCAUUGUCAGUUUCCAAGGAAGUGGAUCAAGUAUUUACUCACAGGUUGUUCUGUUUGUUCGGAAAACAUCCCCCUUUAUCGCCUCCCAAAGACUGCCUACCAAACUGCACUUAAGUGAAUUUUUCUAUCUAUGUGACUGUUAGACCACUGCAUCUGAUCACUGUGUGACAACCUAAGCUGUCCUUUUUAGUUGCUGUUUCUGUCAACCUGAGCAGCCUUUUAUCUUUACUGAACACACUUGAAUUUGUUCCUGGUUAUCCAUUUUAUUCUGAACAGAGGGCUUUCUGCUAAGGUCUGAAGAACGUUCAAAACAGACUACAGCUUGGGAACCCCUAACUUAGAACCACCCACCAUCCCACAAAGUGAUUAUAUAGCCAUAUCUACAGUUUCUCUUUCUGAAAAAAACUUAUAAAAGUAGUCCUGGUGUUAGCUAACAAUACUUGUGUAUUAAAAAUGUGCUGAGAGGAGAGAUCUUACGUUAAAUAUUCUUACCACAUAUAUAUAAUAAAGGAGUAGGGAGACAAUGGGUAUGUUUAUGGUCUUGGUGGUGGUGAUGGGUGUAUGCUUAAUCCCAAACUCAUUGAAUUGUAUACAUUAAAUAACUAUAGCUUUUUAUGUCAAUUAUAAUUCAAUAAAGUGGUUUUGAAAAAAAGAACCCCAGGCCUGGGACAAAGUAGAUCCCCCCCCCACCAAUGAUUACUGAAUUACUAAGCAGAAUCCAAGAUGGUGGGGUUUUUUAGUUUUUGGUUUUUUUAAAAAGUUCAGAUACCAAGGAUAAAUGAGACAGAAAUUAAAGUGAUAGAAUCGUAAUUUAGAUUUUUUUGCCAACCAAACUGCCAAAGUUGGUUUUGGCUAAGAAUCUCCCAGUGAUCUUUAUGCUGCUGCCCAUUUAUAAAAGUCUGUUUUUAUUCUUCCUGUUCCCUUCCCGUAUCUACAAUGCUCACUUUCCUGUUAAAGUAGCUUAAUUUAUAAGCUUGGUCUUAAACUAUUAUAAGAGAACCCUGAACCUGCCCUUGGGAUUGAAGUUCUCAAACCACCAUCAUCAGCGCAACUACCUUUAUCCCCAAAUAAAGAUACCACUCCUGCUCCUUAACAUUGGGU